AUGUGUGAAAGAUUGGAUCUGUGUGACUAUUUCGUAAAUGACAAAUUCAACUACUCAUUGGUGCCACAUCAUCCAUGGUGAGACAUUUCUGCGAAUAAUUUAGGAGGCGCCCUUUUUGUUAAAUUAAAAAAACUUCCAUCUUCAUUUGGCUCCGAGGUGAAAUCUUUCAUUUUCCUUUUUUCAGGAUGCAAAAUGUAGAUUUUCUCAACGCCGAUGUUGCGAAAUAUAUUGAACAUAUGGUAAGUUACACUAAUAUUCUCAAUUCUUCUGUUUUUUCUUCAGAAAUUUAGAAAUAAUGGAUCUGAUGCUCAUAUGAUGGUAAUGAUGCCAGUUGGAAUAUAUGUUCUGACAAGCAAAUAUAUAUUCCCCUUUCAAUUUGUUUUCGGUGUUGUCGGCAACUUUUUGAAUCUUUUGGUGUUGUUGAGCAGAAAUAUGAGAAGUGAGGUAGGUAUUUUGAAAUAUUCAGGGAGUGUUUACGUUUCAAAAUAUUUAGCCCAAUAAUUGUCACUUUGUUAGCUUCAAGUAAAAAAAUUGUGUGUUGAUUUUUGAAGCUUCAUAGGCUGCAAUUACAGAUUUUCGAGUAUCCCACGACUUUCCUCCUACCCAUAGUUUAUAGAGUAAAUAAAUUCAAUUUUAAUUAUAUAAUAAGCCGAGUCACACUUUUUUCAUAUAUGCAUUAUUAUGAUUAAUGAAAAAUGAAAAUGUGACGCGCAAGUUCAAUUUUCAAUUUUCUUAAAAUAGUCGGUCUAAAGAUCAGCGGAAGUAGCGUUAAUGUGAUUGUGAAUGAAUAAAUACAUGUUGCGAAAAUAUGGAGCUUUUCUCACGUGGAAACCCAGAGAUGAGAGAUUAGACAGGGAAACGUACUGGAAAAACUUGGAAACUGAACUGACAAAUCUUUCCUAGGCCAACAUUCUGCUCUCCGCAAUGGCAAUUUGCGACAUAAUCCUCCUCUUCGUAAUGCUUCCAAUCUGCCUUGGCUGCUGGUCGAUUUUCUACAACGCUGACUGGUUUCGAAGUAUCUACUACGCAAGUCACAUCUGGAUCAUAUUUUUCGCCAACUUCCUAUCCUGCAUCACUUCUUGGCUCUGCUUAGCGGUAUCUGUUGAACGGUGAGCUUUUUGAUUUCCUGCCACUUUUUUAUUAUUUUGCAGCAAAACAAACAAAGCUGAAAAGCUUUAAUUUAUUUCCCAUAUAUAUUGAAAUCGUGACCUUGAUUAAAUUUUUCACUUUUUUUCCAUCUAAUGAAAGUUUGAAAAAUCAAAAAAAGGAAAUUAAUUUCGUCAGUCACCAUUUUUAGAUGUAUAUAGUAUUUACUUCUCAUAACAAUGUAUCUGAAAAACAACCAAAGAAGAAGUCAGUUUGUUAUUUUUACAGAUAUAUGGGAAUUCGUUCACCAAUUCAUUUCCGUUAUCAUUGGAGAACAUCACGUGUAUUCAUAAUAAUAUUAGUAAUUGUGAUAUGUUCGGCGUUUUUGACAUUCUUCCACAUUUUCGAGUAUCAAUACGGUUUCGGUUACAUUCAAAAUGGCACUAAAUUAUACGGUUCUCCUAUUAAUAUCGAUCGACUUGUCAAUUAUUCACCACUCAUCAAAAAAACUGUCACAAUUUGCAAAAUCUUCCAAAUGAUAAUUGGUGUUAUCAUUCCAACAGUUGGUAUUCUUAUUCUCAAUCUAAAUAUAAUAUAUCUACUACGGAAAUCAGAGUUUUUGAGUUUCCGCUCGAGCGAAAAUGGUGAUGAGCAAAUGAGGUAACCAUAGUAACAACUUUUUUCAAAUUUUGAUUCUAAAAAUUACUUUUUUGUUGAUCAAAUUAUGAUGAUGAUGUUGAUAAUAAUCAUUUUUCAGUCGAAAAUAUAGCGAUUUGGAUGCGAGACAGAAGAGGGAUCUGAAAGUUACAUUCACAGUUCUAUGCAUAAUUGGAUGCUACAUCAUUACUCAUGUUAGUUUUAAGAAAUGUGGAUUGAGGAACAUACAACAAAUGAACAGAUUGAAAAAAGGCAGCGAAUAAGAGAAGUCUUGUGAAGUUUCGUUGAUAGAAAGUUUGUAAUAGAACAAAUUUCUUCUGAAAAUCCAUGCUCAAUUCUUUUAAAUCAUUAUUAAGUUUUUAAAAACAACUUACGAACUUUCCAGGUUCCAUCCCUAAUCCCGUUUGCUUUCGAAAUAUUCAACUACAACACUCAAUUUAUGACACUCUACGGUAUCCCAUUCGCUUCUUCGUGGCUUAUCACUGGCAAAGUAAAUUAAUCAGAAAUUUGAUAAUUUUCACAAAUAGUCAUUUUCAGGUGGCCAAUUUCGUGCUCUUCUGCAUGUCUUCCGUGUAUUUCCGUCGACGACUAAUGAUUUUAAUUCGUGGACGGGUGGGUUUGAAAAGGAAGAGGUUUGUGUCGAUUUGGUGUUAUUUUCAACUUACCACGUGUGUUUUCUGAUUUCAUACAACGAUUUAAUAAUUAAUAGUUGAUUUCAUUUCACUAUUGCUUCCAGACACACCCGGUUUGAAGUGUUUUUAGCACCCGCGCACCUAUCACACAGUUUCUCUUCUGUUUGUUGUUUGUUACAUUUGCUUUUGAAUAUGCUUUUCUCAUUUUUCUCAUUUUUCCAGUGCAAUUGUUGUUCAGCGACAAAGAAGUUCAGUGGUGUAUCAAGUGCACAGUCGAUUAAAAGCCAAGCUUACAGGCUUAAAAGGUAUCGGUUUUUGGUGGAAUUUGAAAGUAUUUGUUUUGAAAAACUGUAAAAGCUUUUAGAUUCUGAAAUGUGAAAUACGAAAUGAACCAGUAAAUAAAUUGCGAAAGUUAGUAGGAGCUGAAAAAUCUUGUGAUUUUCAAAUUUGCAAACACUGCGACGCACUUCUGCGUACAGUAAGGUUUGAACUUUCAGAUACUUUCAAUCCUUCGUUUCUUUCUUUCGUUUAGUUCAAGUCAUACCAGUUAAAAGCAGAAGCUUCGUGGGUGGUCUUGGUUGGCCAACCGCAACAUCUGCUUUGCCGCCUUUAAAUUUUCAGUUCUGAGUUAUUUACCUUAAAAUUUGAUCACUAACAAUUUCAAUAUUCCACCAAGAAUAUCUCAUUAUUUCAGACAUCGAUAUCGCGAUGACGUCCAGCGACAGAGUAGCUGUUUGACACAAGUUGAAUAA